AUGGAACAAACCAGCGCAAUUUAUGAGGGUAUGCUUCAAUCAAUUGCGCAGUUAGAGGUUUGUUACUAUAAAAACAGUUUCAGAGGCGGAAUAAAUGAUAUUCACGAUAUCAAGAAAAAGAUUUCGAAAGAUUUGGUUGAACGAUUUGAACCUGAAUUUCAAUUAAUUCAACAAUCAAUAAGGAAUCUAUGCAACUUUCAUGGUGACUUUAAUGACAAGGAUCAACUUUUUAAGAUCUACAAAGACCAUGUAAAAACUAUCAAAAAAUCUAUUGAGAUUUUUCUUGAAUUCAUAAAAAUGAUCAAAGGAAAGAGAUAUGAAUACGAAAUGGCCGAGAUAUUUAGAAGACUUUUCAAAAUGUCUUUUCAUCCUCCCGAAGAUAAUAAUAUCUACGAAACAUUGGUUUAUCCUGUUUAUAACAUAUUUUUCGAUUUCUUUAAUAUGAAUUCGAAUAUAAUAAACUUCAAAAGUUCAACAGGAAGUGGAAAAACGAGAUGUGCACCUUUCAUGUUUUCGAUACUUUCUUAUUAUGAAGAACUCAAGAUGCCUUUCUUCAUAAUGACACAACCAGGAAAAACAAUCAUUGAUGACAAAGUUGAAGACUUCACCAAUUUCUUUGGUGACACAGUUAUUUUAGAAACAGAUCCCAAGAAAUACUUAGAAUAUUACAAACAGCAAAACAUAACAAAACCCAUCAUUGGUUUGUUCUCUCCUCGUUCUCUUUUAGUUCUUAUUUCAAAAGCCAACAAAAAACACAUCAAAAUAUUCAACAGAACAAGAUUUUGUCUUGAUGAAAUCCAUGAAAGAGAUAACUAUACAGAUGUUGUAAUCUCUAGGCUUGCCGAGAAUUGUCCUCCUUUUAAGAUCAACAAGCACAUCAUGAUGAUGUCAGCAACUCCUGAUGAUAGAAUAUUUAAAGUUUUUAACAGAAAUGGAUACAAAAAAGGAGACUUGAUAUUAACUGACAAAUGUUUGUUUCCAAUCAAAGACAUUUCCAUAACUGUAAAGAAUACCAAUGAAACAGGUAAUGAAGCAGUGAAGAAUACAAUUACAAUCAUUGACAACAUGGCCAAUAAUAAAUCAUUGCAAGGACACAUUUUGAUUUUCACUUCCGGAAGACAAAGGAUCUUAGACAUUCACAGACAACUCAUCGUUGAACUUAAAGAACACAAAAGAAAAGUUCAAAAAGUUAGAUUACUCUUAUACGCAGAA